UUGCUGGGUUCUGUGCUUGUUUUGUAAAAAUUCAAACUUUUUGGUUUUUCAUUCACACCAAACAAUGCUGCAAUCAUAGUUUUCCCUGGAGUAAAAGGGUUUAUUUGAUAAUUUUCCAGUACUUGAAACAAAGUUGUUUUCUCUUUUGCAUUUUCUUAGAUAUGGAGUGGGUGUGUGGCAAGUAGUAGUGGAUAUUUUUUGUUGUUGUUUUUGUGGGUUGUGUUGAGAUGGGUCUGAAGAUGCUGCAGCAUCAUGUCCAGAACCACUCACUGGUUCAGAACCAUUCAGUGGCUCUGAGAGUGAAUGACCAAACGGGGACUAAAAAAGGUAUGGAUGCUGAAAACAAGGUCAGGAGGAAAGAUGUUUUGAUUAGUAUGUGUGAUCAGAGGGCUAGGAUGUUGCAAGAUCAGUUUAGUGUUAGUGUUAACCAUGUUCACGCCCUUGCCAUUCUUGUUUCUACCUUCCAUUACAUCAAGAAUCCCUCUGCAAUCGAUCAGGAAACGUUUGCGGAGUACACGGCUAGAACGGCUUUUGAGCGGCCCUUGAUGAGUGGAGUUGCUUAUGCACAAAGAGUGCUUGAUUCAGAGAGGGAGAAAUUUGAAAGAGAGAAUGGAUGGACCAUAAAGACAAUGAGUACAGAACCUUCACCUGUGCGGGAUGAGUAUGCGCCGGUGAUAUUCUCUCAAGAAACUGUCUCCUAUAUUGGGUCACUUGACAUGAUGUCUGGGGAGGAGGACAGAGAGAACAUUUUGAGGGCUAGGGCUACUGGGAAAGCAGUUCUGACAAGGCCCUUUAGGUUGCUGGGUUCUCAUCACCUUGGUGUUGUGUUGACAAUUCCAGUUUACAAGUCCAAGCUACCCCCAAAGCCAACAGUAGCAGAGCGCAUUGAAGCAACUGGAGGAUACCUUGGGGGAGCCUUCGAUGUUGAGUCCCUUGUGGAGAAUUUACUUGGGCAACUUGCUGGUAAUCAAGCAAUUUUGGUUAAUGUGUAUGAUAUCACCAACUCUUCGGAGCCCUUAAUCAUGUAUGGUCACCAAAAUCAAGAAGGUGACGUGUCUCUUGUGCAUGAGAGCAAGCUAGAUUUUGGAGAUCCCUUCAGAAAGCAUGAGAUGAAAUGCAGAUAUCUUCAAAAGGCACCUAUAUCAUGGACGGCACUCACCACCGCUUUCUUAUUCUUCGUGAUUGGUUUAUUAGUAGGGUAUAUCUUAUAUGGUGCAGCAAUUCACAUUGUUAAAGUUGAAGAUGAUUUCCAUGAAAUGCAGGAAUUGAAAGUCCGAGCAGAAGCAGCUGAUGUUGCGAAAUCCCAGUUUCUAGCAACCGUUUCUCAUGAAAUUAGAACACCCAUGAACGGUAUCCUUGGGAUGCUUGCUUUGCUUCUGAGUACAGAAUUAAGUUCUACACAAAGAGACUAUGCUCAAACUGCUCAAGCUUGUGGAAAGGCACUGAUAACAUUAAUAAAUGAGGUGCUUGACCGGGCAAAAGUUGAAGCUCGCAAGUUAGAGCUGGAAGCUGUCCCAUUUCAUGUGAGAUCAAUACUGGAUGAGGUCCUGUCUUUAUUUUCUGAGAAGUCUAGAAAGAAAGGCAUUGAGCUGGCGGUCUUUGUUUCAGACAAAGUUCCAGAAUUUGUUAUAGGGGAUCCAGGCAGAUUCAGACAGAUCAUCACAAAUCUUGUUGGGAACUCUGUCAAAUUCACUGAACGAGGACAUAUAUUCGUCAAAGUCCAUCUAGCUGGACAGUCAAAUGGCAAUACGAAUGUGAAAGAUGAGACUUUCUUGAAUGGUGGGUCAGAAGAAGGUGGCAAAUCUGGUAAGGAUCAGUAUAGAACCUUGAGUGGUUUUCAAGCAGCUGAUGAACGGAAUUGUUGGGAUACGUUUAGACAUUUAGCUGCUGUUGAAGAUUUACAAUCUAAUGCGUCAGUUAUAGACAUGAUGGCAGCUAAUGAUGCCUCAGAGGAUGUCACUUUGAUGGUAUGUGUGGAGGAUACAGGAAUCGGGAUCCCUUUCUCUGCCCAGGACAGGGUUUUCAUGCCCUUCAUGCAAGCAGACAGCUCAACCUCUAGACAUUAUGGAGGAACCGGCAUUGGCUUAAGCAUCAGUAAGUGUCUGGUUGAGCUGAUGCAUGGUCAGAUAAACUUUGUAAGCCGCCCUAAGAUUGGGAGCACAUUUUCAUUCACUGCUGUUUUUGGGAGGUAUAAGAAAAAAGCAUGCCUUGAUAGGAGCAAGUCUAAAUCUGAGGAGCUGCCUUUGGCUUUUGGAGGACUGAAAGCAGUAGUAGUUGAUGAAAAACCAGUCAGAGCUGCCGUAACCCGAUACCAUUUGAAGAGACUUGGCAUCGUGUCUGAAGUUGCUACCAGCAUCAACUCGGUGGCUGGCAUGUCUGGAAAAAAUGGUUCUACAAUUUCUGGAAAUAAUAUCCAGCCUGAUAUGAUUCUUGUUGAGAAGGAUUAUUGGAUUUCUGGCGAGGAUGGUUCUGCUAAAGGACAGUUCUUGGAUUUGAGGCAGAAUGGCCAUGUCUUAAAGUUGCCUAGGCUCAUUCUUCUUGCAACCAAUAUGAGUGAUGAUGAAUUUGAUAAAGCAAAGGCCGCAGGUUUCUCGGAUACUGUCAUCAUGAAACCAUUAAGAGCAAGUAUGAUUGCAGCUUGUCUACAACAGGUACUUAGUGUAGGGAUGAAGAAGCAAGCUGGUAAAGAUGCGCCAAAUGAACCUAGAGUCCCUAUUAAGAGCUUGCUCUGUGGCAAGAAAAUUUUGGUGGUUGAUGACAACAUGGUAAAUCGCAGAGUUGCUGCCGGUGCACUAAAGAAGUUUGGCGCCAAUGUAGAGUGCGCUGAUAGUGGUGGAACUGCACUGAAGUUGCUUCAAAUACCACACAGUUUUGAUGCUUGUUUCAUGGAUAUUCAAAUGCCGGAAAUGGAUGGGUUUGAGGCAACUCGUCGAAUUCGGAAGAUGGAGAGCCAAGUAAAUGAGCAGCAGAUGGUAAAUGGUGGAUCAACAAUCGAUGGCACUGCUAAAAAAUCUGAGUGGCACAUGCCAAUAUUAGCCAUGACAGCUGAUGUUAUUCAUGCAACAUAUGAAGAGUGCCUGAAAUGUGGAAUGGAUGGAUACGUCUCCAAGCCCUUCGAGGAAGAAAACCUCUAUCAGGCCGUCGCCAAGUUCUUCCAAUCCAAACCUAAAUCUGUCUCCGACUCCUAAAAGGACUUUCCAAGCCUCGGGAUCAUUACUGGGUCUACAGUACCAGCAAUUUUUGAUAUUCAGCUGGGUACAUCUGGUAAUGGUGGUAAUGGACUGAUGGGCGAUUACACUCAAGGUUGAGGUUUCUUGACCAAAAAUACCAAACUCGAGGUUUUGGCAAAUCUUUUUCUAACCACUUCUAUUAACUUUUUUUUAGGGUCUGGGUACAUGUAUACUACAACUACUAAAAACCCUUCGUCUUCAAAUUGUAUGUAUAGAUGGUUAGAAGUUGUGGUGGGAAUCAAAAGGUGUAAAUCUAUUAUAUUUUUGAAUGCCAUUUUUGGAGAUGAUGGGGGUUAGUAAUA